AGGCGCCCCGGCCCAGCGCCGUUCCCUGGCAGUGGCGGCGAUGCUGCUGGUGCUGUCGGCGGAGCACCGGGCGCACCUGGGCUGUUUGCCGCGGGCCGGCGGCGCAGGUCGGGGCUGCCACGGGCUGGCGGGCGGGGGGAACCGAGCCGAGCCGGGGCUGCAGCGCGCUGCUUGUCUUUGUGUCUCUGCAGCCGUGGGCGAGCUGGGGCGCCUGGCGCUGGAGCAGCUGCGGCGGGGAGCGGCACCGCGGGCCUGCGAAGCCGCCGCCAGAAAGCUGAACAUUGGGAUUGACACCAUUCAGCAUGGGGUGGAAGGACUAGCGUAUCUUCUCACUGAGAGUUCCAAGCUUAUGAUUUCUGAGGUUGACUUCCAAGAUUCCAUUCAUGUUUUGGGAUUCUCGGAUGAAUUGAACAAAUCCUUGCUGCAGCUGUACCUUGACAACAGGAAGGAGAUCAGAAGCAUUCUUGGAGAGCUGGCGCCAAGGCUUCCCAGCUACCACAGUCUGGAGUGGAGGCUGGAUGUGCAGCUUGCAAGCAGAAGUUUGAGACAGCAGAUCAAGCCUGCCGUGACUAUGAAGCUGCAUCUUAACCAGAACGAAGAUCAAAGUGCCCAGGUGCUGCAGACUGACCCUGCCACCCUUCUGCACCUGAUCCAGCAGCUGGAGCAGGCCUUGGGCGAGAUGAAAAUGAACCACUGCAGGAGAAUCGUGCGCAACAUGAAAUAGCCUCGGUUCCUCUCUGCUCUCUUACUCAGCAGUUGGUGAAACAGCUCAAAACACCGCUCACAAACACUUUUUGAGGAAAAAUGAACAUCUGGAUCAGAUGAACUGCGUUCCUGUGCCAGGACCUUGAGCCACUAUUUACAGGCCGAAUGUCCUUGUCUGCCAGCUUUGCACAUCUGCCUGAUACCAGA